AUGUAUUAGGGAUCCAACCUUUCUCGUACAGGUCAGAUGGCUGUAUCAAAUGAUUAAGUCUCAAACUAGCUAAAACUACUCAAGGCAAAGAUGAGCAAUCGUGACACUUGGUAAUAAGGAACCAAUCAGCAACUAGACGGUUAUCCCCACACACAACCUACUAAACCAUCACAAUCACCUCUUUAUCCCAAAAGUGACUAUGACUUUUACACUAUGAAGCAACAAUAGUAAUAGCAAAUCCAAUCCAAUUCAUAGCCAAAGAUAAUUGAUCCACGCACUCUUAAUUAUCAAUAAUUAUAGCAAUAUAAACAACAAUAAGUACUUCCACCUCAAAAUCCUAUUCGAAAUGAUCCCUAUCUAGGUAUGAAUGCAAUUAAUAGACUCAACUACUAUGAUUAACUUCAAAAAUACAAAGAUGACCCAUAUAAAAAGAGUAGUAACUUAAACACUUAUAAUUCUCCUUAGAGCUAUUAUGAACAAUAAUUAAAUAAAAGACAAUAAUAAUAAUAAUUAAUACAAUAACCCCCUAAAUAUUAUGAUGAUAUCUUAGCUAAGAAAUAAUAAACUUAUGGAUAUUAAUAAAAUAACAAUUAUGAUUUUACAUAAUAACCAAUUUCAUUGCAAAAUAAAAAUGAUUAUAUGAAUUACAACAACAAUAAUUACUUGAAUAAUGGUCUUUAUAGCAAUAAUUUAUAAUGGUAAAAUACAAACUAAAAUAAUCUUUAUAAUAAUAACAAUUAGAAUUAUAAUUAAAAUUUGUAAUAAUUAUCUUCUCAGUCUAAUCAAUAUAACUAAUACAAUCUAUAUGGGAAUCAGAAUAUUAAUACUUAAUAAAAUUAAUAAUAAUCUUCAUAAAAUUAAUAUAAUUAUAAUUAGAACACUUAGUCUUUAUCUCCACUCAAGUAACAAUAAGCAUCCUAAUAAUUGAAAUAUUCUCAACACAAUUCUUAACCUCUACUCGAAAAAAGAGAUAGGCCAUUUGAAAGAUAAUAUGAUCCAAUCCCUGAAUAAUAAAAGUAAAUUUAAGAAAUACCAGAAUAAUAUAACAAACCUUAACCAAGAAAAUAACAAUAACCCUAAUAAUAGCCAUCAUAUAAUUAAAAUAAUACUAAAGCAUUUAAUCCUAUUGAUGAAUUGCCUGCUGUUGCUAAGAAAAAUCAAACCAAUCAAAUUCCACCUCCUGAAGAUGAUGAUGAUGGUGAUUUACAAGAAUGUCCAGAAGGAUGUGGUAGAAGAUUCAAAGAAAAUGCCUUAGAUAAACACAUUAAAGUAUGUAAAAAGGUAUUUUAAUCAAAAAGAAAAGAAUUCAAUUCAAAAGCACAUAGAUAAGUUAAUUAAGAAUAAGCCAAAUUAGAAAAGUAAGGGUAGGUUAAAGAUAAAAUAAUUGAAAAAAAAAAAUAAAUGGCUUAAAAUGGAGAUCCAAAAUGGAAAAAAUAAUCAGAAGCAUUUAGAUAAAUGAUAAGUGCAGUAAAAUAAGGAGGAACUGUAGAAAUUUAACCUUAAGAUGACUUAGUUGAAUGUCCUGCUUGUGGUCGUAAAUUCAGUGAAUAAGCAGCUGAAAGACACAUUCCAGGUUGUAAAAAAAGAACCUUCAAAAGAUGA